CCUUUCUCUCCCACCAUUAAAUGCAAUUGCAUCCUCUCAAUACGCUCUGCAAUUACUCCUCGCUGCCAUACUUUUCUCCCUCUGCCCCCUUUUCUCCUUGCUUGCCUUUCUCUCUUUCCUAAAACCACUUCCCUUUCUUCUUCCUCAUCUUCUUCUCCUUUUUCUUCACCUUCUCUAACUUCCAAAACUAUUUACUACUCCAAAGUCCAUACCAUAUAUAUAUAAACUCUUAUACACCAAAAUCCGUACGCCGGAAAACCACUCUUGGGUCACCAAACAGUGGCUUCCCGGCACCAGGUUAAAGCCCAAAGCUAGAUCUACAACGCUUCGCUCUCUAGGGCUUUUGAUCAGGUGCACACAGACAACAUCAUACGUCCUGGUUAAUUUGGGCGGUUUUAAGUCUUGAAAUAUCCCGGCCGGGCUUAUGAUUCCGGCAAGAAACAUGCCUUCGAUGAUCGGAAGCAAUGGGAACAUUAACGGGUUUGCAUCAUCUUCAGGACUCACACUUGGUCAGCCAAACAUGAUGGAAGCCGGUCAUCUGCACCCGUUAGACAUGGCUACAAACACCUCUGAAAGCGACAUUGCUCGGUUCCGAGAUGAUGACUUCGACAGUGCUACCAAAUCCGGCAGCGACAACCCUGAAGGCGGUUCUGGUGACGACCAAGAAAACCCUCGACCCAAAAAGAAGCGUUAUCACCGCCACACACAGCAUCAGAUCCAAGAAAUGGAAGCUUUUUUCAAGGAAUGUCCCCACCCAGAUGACAAGCAAAGGAAGGAACUGAGCCGGGAAUUAGGUUUGGAACCAUUACAAGUCAAAUUUUGGUUUCAAAACAAGCGCACCCAAAUGAAGACUCAGCAUGAGCGGCAUGAGAACACACAACUUCGGAACGAAAACGAAAAGCUCCGUGCUGAUAACAUGAGGUACAGAGAAGCGCUAGGUAAUGCCUCAUGCCCUAAUUGUGGCGGCCCAACAGCUCUAGGAGAGAUGUCAUUCGACGAACACCAUCUGAGACUUGAGAAUGCUCGAUUACGAGAAGAGAUCGAUCGUAUAUCUGCGAUAGCUGCGAAGUACGUUGGCAAACCGUUAGGAAACUACCCUCUCAUGUCUUCUCCUGUUCCUUCCCGUGGUCCACUUGAUCUUGGGGUUGGGAGCUUUGGUGGUCAGCCAGGCAUGGGCGGUGAGAUUUAUGGUGCUGGAGACCUUCUCAGGUCAAUCAGUGCACCAAGUGAGGCAGACAAGCCAAUGAUAAUUGAGCUUGCUGUUGCAGCUAUGGAGGAACUCGUCAGAAUGGCCCAAAUGGGUGAACCCUUGUGGAUGACCAGCCUUGAUGGCAGCGCGACCGUACUUAAUGAAGAUGAGUACAUAAGAACAUUCCCUCGUGGAGUCGGGCCAAAACAAAAUGGCUUCAAAACUGAAGCUUCGCGUGAGAGUGCAGUUGUUAUCAUGAACCACAUUAACCUUGUUGAGAUUCUCAUGGAUGUGAAUCAGUGGUCGACUGUAUUUUCUGGCAUUGUGUCAAGAGCUUUGACCCUUGAAGUCCUAUCAACUGGCGUGGCUGGAAAUUACAAUGGAGCCUUGCAAGUGAUGACGGCAGAAUUCCAGGUUCCUUCACCACUUGUUCCAACUCGUGAGAGUUAUUAUGUGAGGUACUGCAAACAGCAUGCUGAUGGCACCUGGGCUGUAGUCGAUGUUUCCUUGGACAACUUGCGCCCUAAUCCUGCACCCAGAUCUUGUCAAAGAAUGCCCUCAGGAUGCCUAAUUCAAGAAAUGCCAAAUGGGUAUUCAAAGGUUACAUGGGUUGAGCAUGCUGAAGUGGAUGAAAGAGGUGUUCACAACCUCUACAAGCAGCUGGUUAGCUCCGGCCACGCAUUUGGCGCUAAACGAUGGGUUGCCACCUUGGACAGGCAAUGCGAACGUCUGGCUAGUGCAAUGGCAUCAAACAUCCCUACUGGUGAUGUUGGAGUGAUUACAAAUCAAGAAGGGAGAAGAAGCAUGCUAAAAUUGGCUGAAAGAAUGGUGAUUAGCUUCUGUGCUGGAGUGAGUGCAUCAACCACUCACACAUGGACCACACUGUCUGGAACCGGGGCUGAUGAUGUCCGGGUGAUGACCCGAAAGAGUGUCGAUGAUCCCGGAAGGCCUCCAGGUAUUGUGCUCAGUGCCGCCACAUCUUUCUGGCUGCCAGUUCCUCCCAAAAGAGUCUUUGAGUUUCUCCGCGAUGAGAACUCUCGCAGCGAGUGGGAUAUUCUUUCCAAUGGGGGAAUUGUUCAAGAGAUGGCACACAUCGCUAAUGGUCGUGACACUGGAAAUUGCGUGUCUCUACUAAGAGUAAAUAGUGCUAAUUCAAGCCAGAGCAACAUGCUGAUACUGCAAGAGAGCUUCUCUGACCCAACAGCUUCCUUUGUGAUUUAUGCACCAGUUGACAUUGUUUCCAUGAAUGUGGUGCUGAAUGGGAGUGACCCUGACUAUGUUGCCCUUCUUCCUUCUGGGUUUGCUAUACUCCCGGAUGGAGCCGGCAUUGGAGACUCUGGCUCUGGUGGUGGUUCCCUUCUCACUGUUGCUUUUCAGAUCUUGGUUGAUUCAGUCCCCACUGCUAAGCUGUCUCUCGGAUCAGUUGCAACAGUUAACAAUCUUAUUGCUUGCACUGUUGAGAGGAUCAAAGCUGCAUUGUCAUGCGACAAUGUGUGAACUUCAUGACUCAGUUAAUUUCUAGUUUGUUGCAGUAUUAGGACGAGGAAGAAAGAUGAACGGACAGAGACACCGAUGGUGGCAAGGAAUUUCGGCAGCUUAUACCCAGGAGGGGAGAAGUCAAGAUCGCACCCUACAUGAUCUUUUUGUAUAAUCUAUAAAGAGAUUAGGGGUUCGGGUAUUGACUUCCUCGAACAAUGUGAAAGGCAGAUUAAGCGCUUCAGAAAUUAUUAAUUUUUAAGUUUUGUGUUUAUUGAACUUUCUCCUUUUCCACCUUCUUUAACCUUGUACACAGGAUUAGGGUUUUGGAAUGGAUAUUGUUUUUCUUUAUGGUCAA